GGCAGAGGCGCGGGCGGGCGGCCGGAAGGGCCAAGGGCUCCGGAGCGCACCGCCUUCGCCCAGACCCUCUCCGGGGGGAGGUCAGGAGCGCAGCGCAGCGCAGCUGGCGGGCGGGCAGGGGGCGGCCCUCCAGCCUCCGCUCCACCUCCAGACUCCACUCCCUUGGCUGCGACCGAGCCCUGUGCCCCGCGGCCGGCCCAGCUACCAUGGCCCAUUAUAAGGCUGAGCAGGAUGACUGGCUGGUCGUCUACCUGAAGUAUUUACUCUUUGUCUUCAACUUCUUCUUCUGGGUGGGGGGCGCCACCGUCCUGGCCGUGGGUGUCUGGACGCUGGUGGAGAAGAGCGGCUACCUCAGCGUCCUGGCCUCCAGCACCUUCGCCGCCUCUGCCUACAUCCUCAUCUUCGCAGGCGCCCUCGUCAUGGUGACCGGCUUCCUGGGCUUCGGUGCCAUCAUCCGGGAGGACAGAGGCUGCCUCUCCACGUACUUCUGCCUGUUGCUGGUGAUCUUCCUCGUGGAGCUGGUGGCGGGGGUCCUGGCCCACGUGUACUGCCAGAGGCUGAGCAACGAACUGAAGCAGCACGUGACCCGGACGCUGACGGAGAACUACGGGCAGCCUGGAGCCACGGAGAUCACCGCCUCGGUGGACCGUCUGCAGCAGGACUUCAAGUGCUGCGGAAGCAACAGCUCUGCCGACUGGCAGCACAGCGCCUACAUCCUGUCCCCAGAGGCAGGGGGCCGCCGGGUGCCGGACAGCUGCUGCAAGACAGUGGUGGCGCGCUGCGGCCACAGGGCCCACCCCUCCAACAUCUACAAGGUGGAGGGAGGCUGCAUCACCAAACUGGAGCAGUUCCUGGCCAACCACCUGCUGCUCAUGGGAGCGGUGGGCAUCGGGGUGGCCUGCCUGCAGAGACAGGAAGGAAAAUGCCUGGGGCCGGGGGGCCAACUUGAACUUGUAAGGAGCAGAGACCUGAGAGGAGUGUGAGUGUGGGCUCAGACCUGCGGGAUGGUUCUCACCUGCUGCUUGCACCGGAGGCUCCAGCUGCAUGUUCACUAACCGCCCAUCGUUUUCCCCUCCAACCGCCCCCCACAAGGACAGGGGUCCAAAUCCCAUCUGCCAGACCUGCGGAGCCGGCACAGCUCAUCUAGAAAUUCCCAGAAAGUCCCCAUCCCUGGUGUCCAUCCUUCAGACCACCAAGUGCCCAAGACCACAGUUCCUGCAGUUCCCACCUGACCGGGACCCUCCACUUCUGAGUGCUCACUGCCAGCCCAGGCGGGGACAGACAGAGGCUCCCAAGGAUCACAGGAAGGUGAGAGAGUUGGAUUCUCUGCUCCCUCCCAGCUCCUGAAACUACAUUGAAGGACUAUAAACCUUGACCCCUCUGGACCGGGCAUUCAGCGUGACCCCCACCGGUGCUGAGCAGCCCUCCUCUCACCUCUGCCUAGGUUUGGGGUCUUUGCUCUGGCCUCCUGGAAAUGCGUCAUGAUGGGCAGUUAGGGUUACUCUGCCCCCAGAAGGCCCAGGCCUCUCAUCUGCCCACCCCAAGGCCUCGCUCCUUCCUACAGGGCCUGCGCGUGGAGAGAAUGAGGUGAGGCAGCAGGAGCCGGGUGUGGGCAGUGGUAGAUGGUGGGGCUUCAGGCAGGGAGCGAGGGGCUGGGUGUGGGGGAGGCAGGAGUUGGCCAUGCCAGCACAUGGCACCACAGGAGCCUGCACCACCUGGAGGCCUUUCCCAGGAGAGGAGCCCUGGGAGAAAGGCCCCAGCCCCAGCUCCAGGAAUCUGCCCCCAGGAAUCUCCGGUGUAGGGCCUGAUUCUCAGAACUGCCAGGGUUUUAAACUUUGGGCGAGUGUAUGUGGGCAAGUGUCAAACUCCUUCUGAUUGGACCCAAUCUGAUUGGAGCCUGAAACAUUGGAGCCACCGAAAAGGUAAAGCUCCAGGUCGAGGGUGCUCUGCCCUGAGAGUGCUCUCACUUGUCCCUGUCACGCUCCCUGACCACGAGGCCUCACUCUGCUCCCGGAGUGAGCGGUCCUUCCUCGGUUCUGCCUCGCCGUCUGAAUUGGGCAGGGGACCUUCAGAAAGACCUUCCUGGUGCUGAGGGGAACUGGAAGCAAAGCCUAGAAAAUGCAGUGCAGAAGCUGGCCGUUUCCUACGACAGCCACAGGGACCCCCCGCCCCCACCCCCGAGACUGUGACACGAUGAUCUAACAGGAACACCCCACACCUUCUUCUAUACCUCCCAGGCCCUGGUCUUCCCGGGUCCUGGGGACCCUCUUCCCAUCUCACCCCCGAGAGUGGGCCCUUGUUGUGCUAAAACCAAGGCCAAGAAAGGUCACCCCCUGCCUCCCCACAGGGUUGUCCCCAGUGUGGCUAGCUCAGCUCUGGCUGAGCCGGGUCAGUCCUGGGUGAAGGAUGUUCUCUCUCCCAUACACAGGUCACUGUGUCCCCAACACAGCCCUCAACUGUGCAGAAACCACACCCUCAGAGCACAUUGCCUCCCCGCCUCCCGGCCCCCUCUCUUCCUGCCUCCCGCCCUCCCGGCCUCCCGGCCUCCGGGGCUGGUGGGACCUGGCUGGCUUAGCUCCUCCACCCAGAGGGCCGUGAGGUGGCUGAGGAAAAUUCAUUAGGAGGGAGACCAGCUUUGCUAGCAACCCCAGACUACAUCAAGGACAAAAGAAACAGUGUUGUGGUUAUCUUUGCUGCCCUCCAGCUUCCAGAUAAAUAAAAGGUGAUGGUCAGGCCAA